AUGCGCUCGUGCCAGGACACGGAGUGCGAGGUGUCGGCGCCCACAGCCACGACGGACCGCCUCUGGGCCACCAUCAGCACCUGCCCCAUGGAGCAGUUUGAGGUGCUCCCGCCCACCACCACCUCGGACCGUGCGUGCGCGCCCGCGUACUCUGUCUCGCUCAUCUUUGAUGCCAAGUUCAACGCCCUUGCCGGCACACAGUCGCGCCGCGAGGCGUUUGAGGCCGCGCUGGGCUCCAUCAUUGCUACCAUCCCCUCCCUGAACGAGGACAUUACGGCGUGCCUCUUCAACCGGUCCGUCUCUUGUGACAUGACCGUCAUGGCCUUCACCGCAUCGCCGUGCGAGGCCGACGCGUUCCUGGAACCUCCACUGCUGCCACCACUACCCACCACCAACGACAGCAACGAGCUCAGGGCAUCUAAUGCUGUUGGCUCUUGGACCAUCACGGCGCUGUUGGAAGAAACGCUAGCAGCAGCAGUGGUUGUGGUGGUCGUGGUGCACGCCAUGGCAACAGCAGCGACAGCUGAUGAGGUGGUGGUGGUGAAUGUGGUGGUGCUUGCAUUCCUCACGAGUUCCAGCAACAGCAAGGAGGUGGCCAUCGUGCUUCUGACCAGCCAUCGACAGUGCAGCGUUGCUGUGUGCCACGCGGUGCUUGAUGAUGCGUCGUUGUUGUUGUCACUGCGUCGGCUGUUUGUUAACACUGCAGCCAAACAGCCAAGUGCAAGGGGGUCUGCAACAACGACAACAAGGGCGCAGUCAUCCACAAGCCACCACUGUGUGUCAGGAGUGCUGCAGGGCACAGAAGACCCACAACGCAGGUCAGUCGACGACGCUAUUGUUGCUGCGGCUGCUCUUGAACGCCUCGCACCAGUCCUUCAAGCAAGUCCCUCCAGUGUCAGCUGCACUUGGUUGCCGUCCUUGUCUGCUGGUGGUGCUGUCAUCUGCACCGUGUCUCGUGGAUGGCCUGCGUGA